AUCAGUUGAAUCUCAGGGCUGGUACACGACACACGAGGUACUGCAUCACUCAUCUCUGCCCUGUGAAUUAUCAGCAUUCUGGGUGACUUGUUUUUUUUUAUCUGAUACAUUGCACUCCAUUUUUAUCAAGUAUUGUUGGAAAAAGAACCGGAAUAGACUUAUUUUGAUCCGUGAAGAAGUUUGUCAAGUUCUCCUUGAGAACUUGAAGAAGUCUCGUUGGGCCUUUUAGCACAACUCAAGAUAUGUCUGGCAUUAUCUUGAAAACAUGGGUGAUGCGGGCGACUGUGUGGGCGUGCUUGGCCACAUAUCUAGCCACAGGUGUUGUGGGCGCCGCAAGACACCACCACGAUGAUAGGUUAUCCACGACCGACUCCUUCAAUGACCUGUUGAACCGCCUGGAGACCUCCAUAGACGAGAAGACUACGAGAUUACAACGUGGUGUGACGGCAAGCUUCCCCUACCGGACGGAUGUGGAGGCUUCAGGCGUGGAGGUGGAGGGCCCGACCAUCGUCCAGGAUGGGUCGUGGGAGGAGGAGGAGAUGACGAUGGCGGAAGAUACGAAGGACUAUGUCAACGCCGCCCCUUGGACACGUCAGAGACCCUCAUCAGGUCUCACCUUGGCUCAGCAUGAUCUUCAGAUGAUAAAGCUUGCCUCAGAGAACGCUCGAUGGGUUAAAUCGAGUGGGAAGUGUGAGGUGCCGCUUCGCUUGUGUGUGACUGUCAACUCAGAAGACUUGGGACCCAGCGCAAAGUACUGGCCUCGCUGUGCUCUCCUCCACCGUUGUUCUGACGUGACCGGCUGUUGCAACUCUCCCGAAAUGACUUGUGCUGCUGCCGAGUCAGAGAACGUACAGCUUUAUUUCUAUGUGUUUCACGCAGGUCGAGCUGGGGUGCAGAUGAUGACCUUCGCCAAUAACACGCGAUGUUCCUGUCAGCCUCGUUCAAUCACCACCAACCUUCCCGCCAGUGGGUGUAAAUGUCCUCGUCACUACACGGCAGAGCUGAGAAAUGGUCAGUGUAUGUGUGAGUGUGGGAAGGGCAAGUCCAAGUGUCGACGGCUCUAUAAAGGACGCCGCUACUUCUCCUCCAGCGACAUCAGCUGUGUGUCACGUGGGGAGUGUUCUACGCCCACCUGUGAAUUCGGCCCCUUCCUGCUGAAGUUGAAACGUUGUACCAAACGGCGGGAAAGGGAAAGCUACACCAUUGCCAGGAAGUAGACGGUACAUUAACACUUAGCCUAUCUACCCUACUGUGCUGUUAACGCUGACUGGAGAAAGUUACCAGGGAAUGUGUCACCAUAAUAUUAUUUAAAGUGAAAGCUUCAGUAAACAAAAAUUGUUUUUAUAGACUACACUUCCCCGUAAAGAAAACGGUAAUUUCUACAUGCAUGUGAAAAAAUAGAGUACUAUACAACUUCAUAUCUCAAACUAAUAAUAUCUGGACAGUAACUUGUUAGGUUUUCUGUAUAAGUGGGGUUUUUAAUGGUUUUAUUGUGUUAUAAGAAAGCGAAUUAAUAAUAUAAAUUCUUGUAGAAAAAACAGUACUGUACUGGAACUCUUGUAACAUAAAUAGUGAUUUGAGACUCCCUUAACCACACAAGUUCAUUAAGCAUAAAUAUUGUAGAAAAUAUUCACAACCCUAGUUUUACCUCCAACAAUUGUUAAGUGAACGAAUCUAGUUAAGAUAGAAUUCACAGUGUAGUUUUGAUGUCCUUUAGCUUCUAUUAUAUUUUUAUGUACAACUAUAUUAGAACAGCUACGUGCCCCAUUACAUCAUCUGGCACAAGGUACAGUAGUUUCAUCCCACGAACAUGUGUACAGUACAGUAUAAAAUUCCUUCGUUUAAAAAGUCGAUCCAAUGUCAUAACGAUCACAUGUACAGUGUUUGUAUAGAUAUUAUUGUUAGACACAUUUUCAGGACUUUGUUUUUGAAGAGUUUGCAGUGAUAAAUAUGGAUAUAUUUUCUCAGAAGCUGAAGAGAAAAUGAUAGUGUUCAAACAAAUUUCAGGCGGAAACAAAAAUGAAUAAGGGUGUAAAGUAAGAGUACCUAACUGAAUCGACUAUAAUUUUGGAUGCUAAAUUUGUAGCGGCGGGGGGGGGGGGGUAUUGAUAAAUAGAUUUACAGUAUUGUACUAUAUUCAGGUAUUGCAUUAAAAAUUUUGUUCUAAACAUCACAAACCAAAUUGAAAAUGAUCCACUUUUUAUUCGCCCUAAUUAUUUGUUCCGUUGAAUACAAUAGAACCCAUAAGCCUAGCCUUCGCCACGCUACUGUACUACCAAAGUGUUUCUCAAGUUACUGUUUCUAUACUGUACAGUAUGUUCUGAUAGAAAACCUGGGUGAUGGUGGCCUACCGUGAGUACUGUAGAUUAUAAAGUAACAUGAGGUUAAUUAUUUUUAUUUGCAUUAUACCAUUUGUGUGUAAAUGACAUUACCACUGAUAAGUAAAGAAUUGGUUUGGUCACAGAAUGUAUUUGAGUGCAGGUGACCGAUCCAAGAUAUACUGUAUAUUUGUACCAUAUUAGUUUUGUGAUGAUAGACAUGCCAUGUGUUUUGUGCUCUACAUUAUUGUCUACAGCGCCUGUAUUAGCUCACGUUUCUCGUGUAACAGGUCUGCAUUAGACAGUAGUAAUAUACAGUGUAAUAAUAAUGUUAGGUUGUUGUGUGGGAAGUGGGCUCAAGUUUUCUCAUCUUUCCUCUCAAGGAGAAAACAAAUUUUUCAUGUACAAAUCUUAAUGUAAGCUUUUUCUUCCCUACCAUGAAUUUUGCCUAGAAAGUAAGUUGAACCAACAUGGAGACUUGUGUGCAGUGUGUUACUUGUGCCUUAACUUAAUGUAUUAUGAGAUGGUUACAGCUGUCAAAGAAUUCUACAUACACCAUCACGAACUGAAUGUUGAAAACUUUUAAGUGAAUGUAGAUCAGGGGUACAUUGUUAGUAGUUUUACCCGAUAGCCUACUGAAGUUAACAAAUUAUCCUCUUAUAACAGGUUGUCUAAAGCUUUCAUAGUUGGCAUUAACCGCUGUAUCAGCCUUACUAUGUUAACACUAUAAAAUAAAGACCGCCAUCUGUAGAUGGGUGAAGAAAAGUUAAGGAUGUACGACUGCAUCCCGAAAAAUAAGUUUCUUCGCGGCUCUACUAGCUCCAGGCUGACGGGCACCUGUUAAUGCCAAGCCCGGAGAUAAAAUAGGUGUAUCCUAUUUCCUUGUACUAGUGUUACUGUAAGUAGUGACCCUUCUCUCAAGCAACACACAGCGGUCUGUUCUAACGGGAUAGUACAGUAAUUCUUGUAUAUUUUCUAAGAAUUUAAACAUAAUCUUAUAUUUGUAAAGACACUAUAACGAAGUUAAGCAUAUCUAAUUAUCGCUGAAACUUGUUUGAAUCCAGAAAUGGAAUCCAAACGUCGUUUAAUUUAUAAAAUAUCUAUAUCAGCUUAAUUAAAGCUGAUUAAAUAGAUUUAUAUUUCCAACCUCUUGGAAACUACCUAAUGUAAAUCAUUAAGUUAACAAAAAUAAAAAUAUAAAUAUAAAUUACGGUAGUUUUAUAAAGGUAUUUUAAAACAUUUAAUUUAUUUACAGUAUCUUCAUACACGUUCGGCUCAGAUUUAAUUUGUUAUAUCCCAAUUCAGUUGCUUAUGAUGUCACAACGUUUAAUAAAUUAUAUUAUA